AUGACGAUGCUUAGUAAGCAAGUAAUCAAUAAUGUUAGGAUUCUUCAAAAAAGUGAGUUAGAUGUCACUCAUCACUUUCUAAAAAGUGUUUCAAGGUGCUACCCGUUACUACAACAACACGUAUAACAAUCUGAAAAUCAACAAAGACACAAAAGUUAUCAUUCAAGGAUUCACAGGCAAGCAGGUAAUUCCUCUUUUUGAGAGGCUUGGUUUGGUAUUCAUGUUUAAGGGAACUUUCCAUGGAAAGCAGAUGCUUGAGUACAAGACAAACGUGGUUGGUGGUGUGAACGCCAACAAAGCAGGAACUGAACAUCUUGGACUUCCCGUUUUCAAAAAUGUUACUGAGGUUCCCAUUUCGUUUCUUUUUUGUGAAUAAUUUGUCAUAUUUAAAGGCUCGCAACAAGACAGGAGCUGAUGCCACUGUUAUCUACGUUCCAGCCAGCGCUGCCGGAAAUGCCAUCGAAGAAGCCAUUGACGCCGAAAUUCCACUAGUCGUUUGUAUCACCGAAGGAAUCCCCCAACACGACAUGGUCCGUGUAAAAACUCGCCUUGUUAAGCAGAACAAGACAAGACUUGUCGGACCAAACUGUCCUGGAAUCAUCUCCGCUGACCAGUGCAAGAUUGGAAUCAUGCCAGGACAUAUCCACAAGAGAGUUAGUUAGAUUUUGUAUUUGUAUAUGUACAUAAGCAUGAAAUAUACAAAUUAUUCAGGGAUGCAUCGGUAUCGUCUCGCGUUCCGGAACUCUCACGUAUGAAGCGGUUCAUCAAACAACACAAGUCGGAUUUGGACAAACUCUGUGCGUUGGAAUUGGAGGAGAUCCAUUCAAUGGAACCAACUUUAUUGAUUGCUUGAAGGUUUUCCUUGAGGAUCCAGAGACAAAAGGUGCGAUCUCACAUUUUUCAACAUAGCGAGUUAAAAAAAUAUAUAUGUACAUUCAAAUAUUGCCAUUUUUCCAGGAAUCAUUCUAAUCGGAGAAAUUGGAGGAUCAGCUGAAGAGGAAGCUGCCAAAUUUCUCAAGGAACACAAUUCUGGCAAGGGAAAGAAGCCAGUUGUCUCGUUCAUUGCUGGCGUCACCGCUCCACCGGGUAGAAGAAUGGGACACGCUGGAGCUAUCAUUUCGGGAGGAAAGGGAACUGCUGCCGACAAAAUCAACGCGCUCAGAGAAGCUGGAGUUGUUGUCAGUUUUAUUAACUUUGAUAUUACAUAUACUUUCUCGUUUUUGAAAACAAUGUUGCGACCAAGGCUUGAAUCACUGUGACUUGUUCUACACUAAAAUAGGUUAGAAUUGACUGGUCAUCUCAAAAAAUCAAAACAUUUAAUAUGAGAAAGAUCAGUACAAAAAUGAAAAAAAGAUUGGAAAGUUAUUCAUCAAACUAGUAAUUAAUGUUUCUAGACUGUAGACAUUGAAAUUGAGUUUUGAAAAUCAAUCACAAAAACGACCGAUUCUUUUUAGGUGACCGAUUCUCCAGCAAAACUCGGAACAUCAAUGGCUACUGCUUUCUUGGAGUCAAUUUAA